AUGGCCAACUAUGGGCACCUGUGGUCUCGGCGCAACUGUGGGCGUGCUGAAUGGGACACCACGCUCCUGGCCAACAGCAGGCAGUGCCCGACCUGCAAUCGGCAGUUCAAGCUACACAAGUUAAAGUACGGUGAUGAUGGUGACAAGUCUGGCGUCAAGGGUGGCAAAGGCAAAGACACUUCCAAUGAUGGCUCUUCCCAGGUCUCGCUUCUGCGGCUCACGAUCCAGAACACCGAGGACCAGCAGAUGAAGAAGACGCUCCAGGCGAGAUUCGACCAGCUGCCCCCGCCGACAGCAAGCGUCCUGACGGACGCGUCGCAUGCGGCUGCAGAAGCUGUGCGACGUGCUGUCAGUGUGUGGAGGGAUGCAGACCACAAGCGCUCCCAGGAGGUGGGCAAUGUGGUCAGGCUCCAGCAGGCGCUCACCACAGCGCAGGAGAAGGCUGCAGCGGCGGGGCUGGUGCUGGCCCAGGCGGCGCGGGCCAAGACGCAGGCCAUGGCAGCCAUGGCGGCGGCCGAGGGCCUUGCGCCGGCGGCAGCCGCAGGCAGGCCAGGCGCGGCCUCGCCCAAGUUCGAGCUGAAGGAGGCCGAGCGCACCGACGUGCGCAAGCUGCAGGCAGACCUGACGGCGCUGCCGGCGCUCCUCAGCACGAAGGAGUCCGAGGUGAACAGCAUGCUGUCCACGGCUGCGGAGGUGCGCGCGGCAGUGCAGAACAGGAUGGCCAAGAAGCGUAGAGUUGUCGAGGGCGAGGCUGGCAACGACGAGGCAGCGGCUCCCGCCACGGCGCCUGCAGCGGCGCCCACUAGCGGUGGAGCAGAUGCCUCGAGCAAGGGCGAUGGCGUGAGCCAGGCCGUCGAUACCGAGGAUGACGAGAAGCUCCGCGAAGCCGCCGAGAAGCUGACGGAGGACAAGCGCGAGGCUCCGGAGAAGCUGCUCGAGGAGCAGAAGCAGAACGCGGCGCAGCCCAUUGGCAAGGGCAAGGGCACGCAGCCACCCACCACAAGCAAAGGCGAGCCUGGGGCAGGAGGUGCCAAGCCGGCCAAGGCUGCCAAAUGA